AUGAUCGGGGGAGUGAUUCAAAUCCACAGCAACACUGAAGAAAAAAUGCAUCUCUUUAAAACCAAACCUGAUCUUCCAGAAUGCAAAAGAUUACUCGUUGGAGAAUUUCAGUCUGCACAAACAAUUAUCUUUGCCAUUGAGGAAAUAAACAACAGGACUGAUCUUCUUCCUGGGGUGUCUUUGGGAUAUAAGAUCUAUGACACAUGUGGCUCUAUACCUUUGGCUAUAAGGGCAGCUAUGGCUUUAAUGAAUGGAAAUGAGGAAACUCUCUCUGACACCUCCUGCUCCAGACCAACUACAGUUCAAGCUAUAAUAGGAGAGUCUGCAUCAUCACCCACAAUUGCAAUGUCAGCAACAGUUGGAUCUUUUAGAAUCCCUGUGAUCAGUCACUUUGCUACCUGCGCAUGUCUGAGCAAUCGAAGGAGAUUCCCUUCAUUCUUCAGAACCAUCCCCAGUGACUAUUAUCAGAGCAGAGCCCUGGCUCAGCUUGUGAAGCACUUUGGAUGGAACUGGGUUGGGACCAUAAGAGCUGACAAUGAUUAUGGCCACAAUGGAAUGGCUACUUUUGUGGAAGCUGCAGAGAGGGAAGGAAUCUGUAUUGAAUAUUCAGAGGUGGUUCAUCAGUCUCAUUCCAGGCAAAAAAUUAUUAAGAACAUAGAAGUUAUCACAAAGAGCACUUCAAAGGUCAUUAUAGCCUUUCUGGACCAAGGAGAUGUAAUUGCUUUAAUUAAAGAAUUAGCACUCCAGAAUGUAACUGGUCUCCAGUGGAUUGGCAGUGAAGCCUGGAUUACUGCCAGUAAUGUUGCUGCAGCAGAAGGUAAUAAAGUUCUGAGUGGAUCUAUUGGUUUUGCCGUAAUUAAAACCCAAAUAGAAGGACUAAGAGAGUUUUUAAUGAGUGUCCACCUGUCUCCACACAAUGCCCUCUUAAAUGAGUUUUGGGAAACUUCAUUUAACUGUUCCAUGUCAAAUGAAGACAAAACAAAAAAAGCUUGUACUGGGUCUGAAGACUUACAAGAACUAAGAAACGGAUAUGCAGACGUAUCUGAUGUCAGAAUAUUCAAUAAUAUAUAUAAAGCAGUGUAUGCUGUUGCAUACUCUCUACACAACGCGCUUGAAUGCCAGAUAGGGCAAGAUUCUUCUGCCAAUCAUAGCUGUGCUAAAUCAAUUUAUACUAAACCAUGGCAGGUACUUGAGCAUCUGAAUCAUGUCAAUUUCAAAACCAAAACUGGAGAGCAGGUCUCAUUCGAUGACAAUGGAGACCCCCCUGCGAGAUAUGAAUUAGUGAACUGGCAGGUUGUUAAUGGGAGCACCGUACAGUUCAUGACUGUUGGUUACUAUGAUGCUUCACUGCCAGCAGGUAGUCAGUUUGUCAUGAACCAGGUCAACAUUGUUUGGGCAGGUGGUGAACUUGAGAAGCCUGAGUCAGUGUGCAGUGAGAGCUGUCCUCCAGGCACUCGAAAGGCAGUUCAGAGAGGAAGGCCUGUGUGUUGCUAUGACUGCAUACGAUGUGCUGAAGGAGAGAUCAGCAACACCACAGAUUCUAACAAUUGCAUCCAGUGUCCUUUGGAAUUUUGGUCAAAUGACAAAAGAGAUGAAUGUGUAUUAAAAUCAGUUGAAUUCCUGUCCUUUGGAGAAAUCAUGGGAAUACUCCUCAUAGCUUUUUCUUUGUCUGGAGCUUGCCUAACUAUAGGUGUAGCUUUCAUCUUCUACAGAAACAAGGACACUCCAGUUGUUAAAGCCAAUAAUUCUGAACUGAGUUUCCUUCUGCUCUUUUCAUUGACUCUGUGUUUCCUCUGUUCACUUACUUUCAUUGGCCAGCCCUCUGACUGGUCCUGUAUGUUGCGCCAUACAGCAUUUGGGAUCACAUUUGUCCUGUGCAUCUCUUGUGUUCUGGGGAAAACAAUAGUGGUGUUAAUGGCCUUUAGGGCUACACUACCAGGCAAUAACAUUAUGAAAUGGUUUGGCCCCACACAGCAGCGGUUAAGUGUUCUUGUUUUCACACUUAUACAGGUCUUGAUUUGUGUCCUUUGGUUGACAAUGUCACCUCCUUUUUCUAACAGAAACAUGAAAUACUAUGCAGAGAGAAUUAUUCUGGAGUGUGACCUGGGAUCUGCAGGUGCAUUCUGGGCUGUGUUAGGGUAUAUAGGAUUCCUCUCUGCCAUGUGCUUUGUACUUGCUUUCCUGGCUCGGAAGCUGCCUGAUAACUUCAAUGAAGCCAAAUUCAUUACAUUCAGCAUGCUCAUAUUCUGUGCUGUCUGGAUC